GAAAAAGCUUUUUAUGAAUUGUCAAAAUACAACUGUCAGAAUGUUCCUUUAUGGAAAGCGUAUAUGCCUGAUCUAAACUUAGCUGUCAUUGUGUUUUGUUUUUCAGUGUAUUUUCUUAUUUAUAGCUUUGAGUAGUUUGUGUGACAAGAUAUAACUUAUUGGAAAAAGUGAGCAAGGGGCCAGCUCAUGUCAUGCUUGUUUACUAGUGGAGAUGAGGAGGAGGGGUGUGUCACAGGAGGUUGCUGUGAGGAGGACAGCUCAUACUAAUGUCUGGAAUAGAAUGGUAUCAAACGCAUGGAAGCUGCGUGUUUGAUGAGUUCGACAUCUUUACAUUGAUUCCUUUGCUGCCAUCACUUUGAGCCAUCCUCCCCAAUUUAAGGAGCCACCAACAUCCUGUGCAUAGCUCCAUGCCAGCAGUUAUGACAGUGUUAGCAGACCAUGCAGCGCAGCAGCUGCUAGACUUCAGCCAGAAACUAGACAUCAACCUGUUGGACAACGUGGUCAACUGUCUGUACCACGGGGUCGGAACACAGCAAAGGCUGGCUCAGGAGGUUCUGACCCAGCUGAAAGAGCACCCGGAUGCUUGGACCAGAGUGGACACCAUACUGGAGUUCUCCCAGAGCAUGAACACCAAAGUAAGUCAAAACCCCGCAGGGAGCACCCGUUGGUGGAGGGUCGCAGCACUCCAGCUGUGAGGAAGUUAGGUGCUGGUAGUUACAACUCACUUGUCACUCAGUCGGUAGAGCACUACGCUUGCAAACGCCAGGAUAGUGGGUUCCAUUUCCCCACGUCACGUGUAUGUAAACAUGUACGCACACAUGACUAAAAGUGGAUUUGGAUGAAAACGUCUGCUAAAUGUCAGAUGCAGUGUUGUCACUUAGGCCCUUUCCCCCUUGAGGAGCAUAUGGCAUCAACAGCA